AUGCUAACUGUACACCAUCUGCAACGCGGCCAAUCCGAGCGCAUCGUCUGGCUUUGCGAGGAGCUCAACAUCCCAUACGAGCUCAAGCUGUAUCCGAGGGACCCCAGGACGUUCAUGAGUCCUCCUGAAUUACAGGCACUGCACCCCUCCAAGUCGGCCCCCAUCGUUCAAGACGGUGGUAUCACGCUCGCCGAGUCCGGCGCUAUUUUUGAGUACAUACUCACUAAAUACGGAGAUGGAAAGCUCUCGGUCUCGCCCUCCGCAGACAAUUAUGCCGACUAUUUGUACUUUCUGCAUUUUGCAAAUGGAACUUUGCAACCAGCGCUUUUGCGGGCAAGAAUGGCCACGAAAAUGGGGUUGCCACCUGAUGACAUAGGCGCUCGGCUAGCCCUGAACGGCAUGAAAAAGUCCUUGAAACUGCUGAAUGAUCGCUUGAGCGCCAGUCAGUGGCUUGCAGGGGACGAAUUCACGGCAGCAGACAUCAUGGUUGUCUUCUCGUUGACGACAAUGAGGCUAUUCUUCCCCUACAGUCUCCAAGAGUACCAAGGCAUACUCGGAUUCUUACAACGAGUAAACAAAAGAGAUGCAUAUCGGAGCGCCAUUGCGAAAAGCGAUCCUGGGUUCCAGCCUCCUAUGUCAGCCGAGGCUCCCGCUCAGUAG